GAGCGCCGGGGGAGACGGAGGGGGCCGACGGGCGGGGGGGAGCAGGAGAGAAGCGGCGCCACGCGGCCGGAGACAGGCGCAACAGGGAAGAGAGGGCAACAAACGGGGGGAGCGCAAGGGAGCACAAGGACCCGGGAACGAGGAAGGAGAGGGAGGGCAAGAGGACGCAACCAAGAGGGGAAAGAAGAGAGAGACAAAGGCGCAGGGGGAGGAAGCCAGAGAAAGAAGGGGGGCCACAGGCGACAGCAAGGGGAACAACAGAAGCACAAAGGGCACAGCAGAGGCGGAGAAGAAAGGAAGCGCAGACACAAGGAAGAGGGGCGAGCGCAGAGGGAGGCGGAAGAGCGCGCAACAAGGAGACGGCAGAGGGGCCACGAGCACAAGGGGCCGGCCCGGAAGGAAGGAAAACGCAGAGAAAGCAGGCAGAGGAGGCAGAGCAAGAGGACGAGGGCAGGACGGCAACAACGGCGAGGGCAAGGCGGGGAGGGGGAAGCAACAGAGGAAAGGCAACCGCAGGGCAGGGGAAAGAGCAAGGGGCGCGCGAACGAGCCGGCAGGAGCAACACCCGACGGCGGAAAACGCCCAGGGCGAGGGGGGAAACCGAAGGGGACGGAAAAACCAGCGGCCGAGACAGAGGGGGCAAGAAGGAGGACGGGCCAGGGGCGCACGAAAGGACAAGGGAAGCCGAGGAGAGAGGCGCGGAGGGGAGACAAAGAAGGGGAGGAAAAAGGGGAGCAAGAGCGAGGCACGAAGGAGGGCAAGCAAGGGCAGGAGGAGGCAAAAGACGAAAGAAAGAAGGACGACGAAGGAAGCAAAAGCGAGACAGCGCAACGAGAAGGCAGGACGAAGAGAACCAGACGGCAGGCGAACCCGGAGAACGAGAGCAAAGAGAGGACGCAAAAGAACGAGGAGGGAAAGAGACGCAAGACGCAGCGGGCGCGGGCAGAGGCACGGGGGCGAGGGGGCCCAGGCCAGAAGAAGGGCGGAGCUAAGACAAACGGAGGCGAAAGAGAGAGAGAGGGGAGAGAGAAGCCAGAGGCGAACACGAAGCAAGUAGAGGCCGAGGCGAAGAGGAAAGAGAGAGGCCGAAGACGCCCCCGCAAAGCACAACGGGGGGCGACCAAAACAGGAGCGGGGCACAGAGAGAGGGAUUAA